CGGCACGGCCGCUCCCUGCAUCGGGCGUUUGCUUCUGCCCGCCCGUCUCUGACCUGCUGUUCAGUUUGGUGCGCGGCCGGCUGAACGGGCGGGGAGAGGGUCACACAUCCCACCCUUUUACUGCUACGCCCCCCCCAGCAAACUCUCACCCGCUCCUUCACCUUCACGAGAAACACGCCUGCUGCCUGGGGAGGGAGCGAAGCGGGGCCAGGCAGAGGCGCUGGGCCGGGGCCGGGCAGGAGGACGCGGUGUUGUGCCCCCCAGGCCCCCCGCUCCCCCUCCGCCCCUGCGGCCAGAGCCCGCUCGGGGGGGCGGCCGGCGGGAGAAGCCCCUCUCAGCUCAGCCCCAGCGCCGUCCCGCUCCGCGGGCGCAGCGCUCCCCAGGGCACGGCCGCGGCGAGGGCAGAGGCCGGCGCCGGGCCCCGCCGCUGCUCCCCAGGCCCGGGUGCCCGCGGCGAGCCGAUCCGGCGGCGGGGCCCCGGCCCCGGGCGGCGCGGCGCGGCCGCCGACUACAACUCCCAGCGCUCCGCGGCGCGGCCCUGCGGCGGCCGAGGAAACGAAAGCGGGCUGUCCCGGCAGCCGACUUCACCUUCAGGCCGCAGCAUGAACGGCAGCGUGGCGGGCGGCGGCGGCGGCUUUUCCGAGGAGGUGAUCAGCCUCACCCGCAGACCCUCCGGGCUGGGCUUCAACAUUGUUGGUGGGACAGAUCAGCAGUACAUUUCCAAUGACAGCAGCAUCUAUGUCAGCCGGAUCAAAAAGGAUGGGGCAGCUUACCUUGAUGGCCGAUUACAAGAAGGAGAUAAAAUUUUAGCGGUCAAUGGCAGAGACUUGAAGGAUCUGCGGCACAAGGAUGCUGUGGAACUCUUCAGGAAUGCAGGCUAUGAUGUAUCUCUGAAGAUUCAGCGCAGGUUGCAGCCACAAAAUGGCCCUGUGGGUCAUCAAGGCGAUGGAGAAUCAGGUGGGCUUCCUCUAGCAGCCAUUCUUGUGCCAGGCCUGGCGCUUGCUGCAGCAGCGGUCUGGAUCUUGCUGAGGUAUCGACAGCGGAUGUGAAGAGUUCACGUUCUGGAUAUCACUGCGUAUUUUACACAGCUAUGAUGUAAUUUAAAGAUAGAGAAUCAACGAUCUUAUCACAGACUGAUGUCAGAAAGGAUCAUUGCCUAUCAUAAAGCUGCUGCUGAUGUUCUUUAUGUAUUGAUUUUGUUGUAGGGUGGAUGGAAGCAGAGAGGAAAAGGGGAAGGGAGGUGACUGUUCUCAUGUAUAAAGUGGGAUAGCUGUUAUCUUGACUAAUCGGAGGAGGUUUUGCCAUCCUCCUUUAUUUUGCACCAGGAACUUUCAAACACACUCAACUAUUCUAUGUUUUAAGAUGUGACUUUUGGUUAAAGGGAGUGGGGGCUGGGGUAGUUUAAAAUCAAAAACAUUUACUAAAGGCUUUGCCUUAUUUCCACUGAAUUUUUCUUGAAAUUAAUGAUCCCUGUCUAAACCAUGAAUAAAGAGAAGCAAUGUGGAGGGUAUAUUAUUUUUUCCAUUGAAUUUUUGUUGGUGGUUGAUAAUUAAAUGCCUUAAGAAAAAUGUAUAAAAUGCAAUCUGUGGUUUUGCAGGUAAAAUCAUCAGUGUAGCUGCUGAUCUAACAGUAAUAUGCAGUACUGGUGAGGUAUUCUACUAGUUCUGGAAAGACAGAAGAUAAUCUGUUGCUAGAAAAAGACUUUGUCAGAAUGACUGUUCAUUCUUGGGUCGGAAUUGUAAGAGAAAGCUUUACACAAAAUGCUAGCAUACCAGAGAGAGACAGGCAGACAAUUGAAACACAAGGAUGAGCAGUGGCAAGAGAUCUGGGCAUGCUGAAGCUGCAGAAGAGUCUUUAAAUCAGUAAAGAAGCAAUUGUCCCUCCAUUUGUCAAGUGGGUUGAAGUCUGUGUCUCUCAGGUUAAAGGUCUGUUUUGGGGUUUAUUUUUUGUGUGGGGAAUACUAUAGAUAAAGUUUUCUGUAGCAGCUAACUUGCUCUCUGCAAUCAGAAAAUCUUACGAUGAUUGAAAGGGAGAAGCCAAGAGCAGGCUGGGGUUGUCCUGGCUAGUGCUUGUUUGUGAAGACUGAUGUGAUGUUCAGGAGAUAGACUGGCGGGUGCAAGGCAGGGUAAGGCUUAGCCAGUAAAACCAAAGGGAGAGACGCUGGCUCUGGAAAGCAUGUUGCUGAAUUUACCUGCAGGGUCUCAUCUCCUCACUGUGAUUUGAAUAGUUUUAAAUGCCCCAGCUGACAUGAGCUCUGUGGGGUAAGACCUGUUUCUCUUGUCUCCAAGAAAUCAAUGUGUUUUGUUUUUUUUUGUAAAAGAAAAGCAAAAUUCAUGGUCUGGUCUGUAUGAUGCCAAAAAAAAUCACAUAUGCAAUAUAUGUAUUCAAACAAAGAAAAACUGAUGUCUGGACGCUUUACUUAUCUAUAUUCUUUGUUAUUCUAGUUGAACACUGCUGAUGUAUUUGGAAUUGUUGUGUGUUUGCUCAGGGCUGUGUUCCUGCUGUCUGCUGGAGAUAGAAGUGGUAUGCUGUUACACGUGACGUUCCUAAAUCACAACGGAGUUUCAGAGCACUGAGACCACAUGAAAUCUUGCUUUGGCCUAUACACUGCUCUAGUGUAAGGGGAAGAGGACACAGCAGGAAUUUUGCUCAGUGUUCUUAGGGGACUUUGGGAAGAGACUUGAGGUUUGGUGAAUGGGUACUGGUGUUGGAUGGCUUGGGCUGAUGCACGCAGUGACUUGCCUCGGCCUGCAAACCAGUUACACCUGAUGGCAGAAGGGCUGCUGAUCGGAGAGAUCUUUGCAGAUGCAGCAUGAACCAUCUUGCUUGGCUGUGACCUGCUCUGAGUAUCUGGCUGUGGUGUCCACGUGGAGUGUAUUAAGAUGGAUUAUGAGAAGUUGAUGCCGUUGUAUCACAGCCAUCAGAAUAAAAAUGCAGACAGUAAAUAAAAGGUCUGUCUGGGACAAACCUCUUGUUAGCCCUUGCCUGAGUCGAGUUUCAGUGAGAGGGAGUAUGUGGAACAGGCUAGGAGGAUGAGGAUUUGGGGGAGUGGUUAGUUUUACUCAUUUCCCGUUGAAGUAAGCAGAGAAAGCAAAACCUUUGGUUUUGUUUUUUUGUUUUUUUUUUUCUUUUGGUGGUGUUUUUAUCUUUCAGCUUUGGGAUUUUGAUACAGUUCAGACAUGAUUGCCACCUGUAUUGCAGGCAUUUUAUUAUGGGGGGAGGGUUAUAUCCAAAGUCCAAAUAAUUGAUGUGACUUACUGAGCAAGAAAAGGCCCUUAUGAUGCAUAGCGUUCCUCUUUUCACAAUUACUGAAUAAUUUUAAUACCACAGCAUUAAUCCAGUGGUUUUUCCAGAAAUCUGAAUAGUAGUUUUUACUGAGAAUUUAAACCAUCCAGUGUAACCUUCAGGAACACCUUUCUGUGUCUGCCACCUCCAAACCUCAGUGCCUGAGGAGUAGCAAACAAUCCCUUUUCUAGUCCCCAACUGCCUCUUGUCCCAUUUAUUGACAAAAUCCUUGUGGAAAAUACACCUGAACCUCAAACUCUCCUAUGAGCUGUGGCUCAUAUUACUUUCUCUCAGGAGCUGGACUGUCUCACCUAAUAAACUUUGUGUGUUUUCCAAA